AUGGAUUUAGACGAUUUUGACUACGUGCCGGAGGAUGUCACAGCCGACAUCCCAGAGCCUUCUUCAAUCAAGCCCGCACUGCGCUAUAUCGACAAAAAAUGGUACCUUCCGGCGAACAGGAGAGCAAGAUGGAUGGAUCUCAUUGGAGACUAUGCUGGAACGGAACUCUUCAUCCUCGAUGGUGAGGCGCUCCUGCAGCAAGUAUUGAAUGACCCACUGCUGGCGUUAGGUCGUGAAGGCGAUCCGAGUUUCCAGAUCCUUCACGCCAUACACACACUUGAGAAAAUUUUAAACGAAUUCCAGUCACGUUCUGCGUGUUUCGAGAUCGUGUUUUGGCAGGAUACCCGCCAUGUCACGUUGCUCUCGGGAAGCUCUGAGUUCGUCACAUCGUCGCGAAUUCUGGCUCGUACCAUGCUUUUCCAGCAUCUUCAUCGUUUCAAUAUACCUAUCCAUGUCUUCGAAAGUGUUUCCGAUCCUGAGUGGAUCAGAUAUCAAGGGUCCACAAAGCCUAUGUUUGUCAUGACGAAUGAUGGCGGCAAUUUAGGACCAAAUGAUGCUCUGUUCACUGCAGAGCGAAUCUUUAGUCAACGAAUUUUUUUGUUUGACCUUUUGUCUCUGGGACUGUCAGUGGCCAUGUUGCAUGGAGCUGAGUAUCGCGACUCCAAGAUCAUGACCUUCAUUUAUGAACAACGACGCGACCAUCACGCCCGUGAGCAUCUACCGGACGGUUUGUGGGGCGCAUAUCGUGUGGCAAUGAGGUCACUGGAAGACCAGGAAUCCCAUGUAAGGCAUGGCGUUUCGAUGGUCUCCCUGAAGACCUUUGCGCCGCGAAUCUCGCCAUCAGCCGAUGAGGACUGGUCUCCGACCAAAUCCUUUGUACAAAAAAUGCUUUCGUCUCAUUUUCUUGGUCACGCCUUUAGGCAGGAGCUACUUUACCUCUUUCUGGCUCAUCUUUUAGUUGUUCCGACCCUGUCUAUCCGAGUCCGUGCCAGACAGAUUGAUGGUUUAGACGGUGAUCUCAGCCGAAUCCUACUCGAAUCAUUCCUUCCGAGUGCAUUCAUCUCUCUCGAAGGCUUGUGCACUCAAAGGAGGGUUGAUAUCGAUGGACGAGUGUUCGUGGCACUCCUCCAAUUCUCAGCUGCACACCCAGAUGUAUCGUUGACGGAACUAUUGGGACAGAGUAUUGGACAGCAACUGGAUGCUAUCUGGUCGGCUCAGAACCUUCCUCCUGUUGACAUCAAGAUCUUGGCCAAGCGCCUCCGGUCAAUCGAAGGUGUCUCUCAGCAGAGGGUCGUGUCACGCCGGCCUCAUCUGGGCCUUCUUCCGUUCUCGCAUCCUGUCUUUGACAAACAUCUUGCGUCUGUGCAUGUCGGAGUGGAGAACACGGACGCGGACGUCAGACAAUUGCGACUCCAGUUUAACACAGUGUUCAAUGAUGUGUAUCACUGGCAUAAUAGUCGGCGCAGCAUUCUGCCUCCGCACUUAGGAGGCGAAGAAUUUCACCCAAUGGAUGCGAAACAACGUUUCCGAAAAUUGCGAAGUGACCAGCGUUUCAUGGCAAGCAUGGAGUGGCAGGCGAAAACAUUGACCGGUGCUUUCGGGAUUCCAUUAGAAAGAUUAGUGAUAUUACCUGUUGGCUCUCGGGCUGCUCAGCGCACCAACAAUUUGGUCUCACGGCCAGCCGUCCGAGCGAUACAAGCGAAGCCAGUGAAACAGGGUAAGAAGGGCAAGCAAGAAUAUGUCUCGUCAGCAGAUAAGAUCAGACAAGCAAAUGCCGCGAAGAAGCAGUUGAAGGAGGACGAUUCUAAUUUGACUUGGUGGCAAGAGCAGCUGAAAAUAUUGGCGCAAGAGUCCACCGAGAAUCAGCUAAAGGCGGUGGAGAACCUCCAGCGCAACAAGCGCACGCGGGAGGGCUGGCUGAGUGUUGAGGUUCAAUUGUACUCGCUGCACCUGGAAUUUGUCCGUUGGAUCGAGCGCUCUGACCGUGAGGUGCCCGCUGUCCGGGACCAGAUUGUCGUGCGCAUUCUGCGCCUAGUCAAAGAUACCUUCCAUCGCAAGGACUUAUUCCCUGCUGCAGCUGGUAUCUUUGAGACGGCUCUCUCUGUCGUUGGAUUGUCAGAUGUGGUACCAGAGCUAAAAGCCUCGGCGCCGGCCUUGACUGCCGACCGCGAGUUGAACUUCAAGUUCAUCAAGCUUGCAAAAUCAAAGAGCAGGUCUGCGGUACACAAGUUUAUGGAUAUCGAUGAAGAUCCAAUCGUGUGGCAGUUGCGUUUGUUUGGUGAAUACAUGGACAGAAGCAUGGAUAGUCAGGAUGACCCGCGAGUACAGUUCAAGCCGGAUGCAUGGCAACGGGAUGUCCUUGAUUGUCUGGAUGCGAAUCAUUCAGUACUCGUCGUCGCGCCUACGAGUGCCGGGAAGACUUUCAUCUCUUACUAUGCUAUGGAGCAGGUUUUGAAAAACACAGAUGAUGGAAUCCUCGUCUACGUAGCCCCCACGAAAGCACUCGUCAAUCAGAUUGCAGCUGAGGUAUAUGCUCGCUUCAGGAAGGACUUGAACGGACGAAGCUGUUGGGCGAUUCACACCAGGGAUUACCGGGUACACAACCCGCAAAAUUGCCAAAUCUUAGUCACUGUCCCCGAAAUGCUUGCUAUCAUGCUUUUAUCGCCCCCGCUGGCCCAGAACUGGACGCCCAGGAUCAAACGAAUUAUUCUGGACGAAAUCCAUACUAUCGGUCAACAAGAAGGUGGCGCCGUUUGGGAGCAAAUAUUAUUGCUCGCACCUUGCCCUGUUAUUGGUCUCUCAGCGACAAUCGGGCAACCGGAGCAAUUCAACCAGUGGCUGGGUUCCGUACAAGAGGCGCACGGAUUCAAGCACACCUUCAUCUAUCAUCCGCAUAGAUACUCCCAUCUGCGCAAGUAUAUGUACUCGCUUCAAGGCUUGCAGCCUGGGAGAUUCCGUGGAAUCUCUGAUUAUUCCAAUACCGAACGACUCAGAUUCUUGCACCCGGUCUCUCUACUGUCAUUUGGUGUACGAGACCUUCCUCCUGAUUUUUCAUUGGAAGCCUCAGACUGUCUAACGCUUUUCCGUGCAUUUUGGACUUUGCGCGAGAAACUCGAUUUCGACGUGCAAGAAUUGGAACCAUCGCGUUUCUUUACUGACUCUCCAGUCAAACUGUUGAGGCAGAAAGAUAUUCUCAAAUAUGAAUCGGCGCUGAAAGUUCACCUGUCCAAUCUCGUUACCUCUGACUCAGAUACAUCUAGGCCUCUCCUUGACGGUGUUAUAUCCCAUUUGACAGAUCCUACCCUGAAGAAUAUGGAUCAUCACUCAAUCCCUCCUGCACCCGAUUUCUAUAAGAAUCUGAUCUUCCUCCUAGCGGACUUGCAUUCGAAAAAUGACCUGCCCGCACUGUUCUUCAACUUUGAUCGCAAGGCCUGUGAAAAUAUGGCAAAAUACCUAUUAAAUCAGCUAGAAGAUACUGAAUCUACAUGGCGGGACAACAGCCCCGAAUGGGCACAGAAGAUGAAGCAAUGGGAGCGCUGGCGUUCACAGGCCAAAGCUCGUGAGCGUCAGGCGAGUAAGCUGAUGAAGCAGAAGAAAGAUUCGGAAGAACCACAGGCUGAGGUUCACGAAUCAUGGGAAAGCCAAUUUGAUCCAGAGGACCCUUCGCCCCAGUUUUCGUUCACGGGAGUGUCAACUGCGUAUACUAUGCAGGAUCUGAAUGAUGAGAUACGCUCGCUUGCACGCUGGUCUAAAAUUCCAGAAUGGGCUUUCAAAGGGCUGCGCAGGGGUAUUGGCGUCCACCAUGCGGGUAUGAACAAGCGGUACAGGUCUUUGGUUGAAAGUCUCUAUCGAUUAGGAUUUUUGAAAGUCAUUAUUGCCACAGGCACAUUGGCACUUGGUAUCAAUGCACCAACCAAAACGUCCGUUUUCUGCGCAGAUUCGCCGUUUUUGACGGCAUUGAUGUAUCGGCAAUGUGCAGGGCGUGCCGGACGGCGAGGGUUCGACCUUCUGGGCAAAGUCGUCUUCUACGGUAUUGCCAUGGAUCGAUGUCAAAGGCUGGUCCUGUCACGACUUCCAUCGCUGGGCGGAAACUUCCCUAUGACCUCGACCAUGGUUUUAAGGCUGUUCAACCUGUUACAAGGCUCAAAUAAUGCGGAAGUCGCCGUCCGCGCCAUUGACAGUCUCUUGCAGUUGCCUCGGGUCAGUUUCACGUCCGAGAUAGGGAGACAGCAAGUCUCGCAUUUCGUGCGAUUUAGUAUCGAUUACCUUCGCCGCGCAGGCCUCUUGGACGCUGAGGGUAACCCGAUCAAUUUGUUCGGAAUUGCCGCUCACCUGUACUACACUGAACCUGGCAAUCUCGCACUCGUUGCUCUCUUCCGCCGCGGAAUAAUUCACAGGAUAUGCUGUCAAUCCGAUUCAUUCAUGGCGCGUCGAGAGUUUGUUCUUUUAAUGAGCCAUCUAUUCGGGCGACGAUACCUACCGAAGUCGUAUACGACCGACGAGAACUUGCAAGCAUUGAUCAAGAAAUCUCCGUCGAUGGUCAAGCUACCUCCUCUGCCUAAGGAUGCCAAAGAGGUUCUCUUGCAACAUGGAAGAGAGAUCUUGGGCGUCUUCACUAGCUACGCCUUGGCCUAUGCCAAAGACAACCUUGAGCCAGAGACUGCUUUACCGACUGAUGACCCGAAAAACGUAGAGGUUACACCAUUCCUCGAACAUCUGCGGGAUACCGCUAUUCAAGUGACUGUGCGCUCACCGCUAGUGGCGACCUCUGGUCUCACCGAUGAGUUCAAGACCGUCCACGAAUUGGCUCAGACCUCUCGACAAGGAUUAUACCUGAAUCAAUACGCUAUUCCAUCCGUCCAUGACUUGGCGACUGGGGGAGACGAUGCAGAUCAUACGCUCAAUGCGUACCUACUUGACUUCUACAUCCACGGACAGACCGCAGCGCUGAAGAGGGCGAAUGGAAUUCGGGAUAACGAUGUCUGGUAUUUACUGGAGGAUUUCACGUUGACGUUGAAGACCGUCCGAGCGGGGCUGGGACAGCUCUUGCUCAAGACGACGAGUGGAAAAGAUGCAGACGAUGAAGGUUUUGAGGAGGCCAAAGUUGACGAACUGGAUGAUGCUGACAGUGGUUACGGAACCUACGCUUCAACAGACAUGGAGGACGAUGAGUUUGGCGGAGGGCAGCACCUUGAACGGCCCGCUGGCGUAUCAGAUCAAGACUGGAAGGUCUACGAAGUAAUUGACAGCGUCACCAACGAAUUUGAUACCAAAUUCCAUGCCAUGUGGGCAUGA